AUGUCGGUCGUCUCGGUCAUCCAAUUUGAUGCCAAGUCGGCUCCUCCUGCUGUGGUUCUUGACAAGGUCCAAGAAGCUCUGGAAGGAAUUAAUCCUCGUCCUGAAUUCGUAUUUGGCCCACAAAUCCAAGAUCAAGAUAUACUUCAAAUCACGUCGGAGCAGAAAGGCCCUGGCUCCGAGUCAACACCGCAUUCCAGUUCUUUAAUGGUAAACCUCCACAUUCUCAGCGAGACUCAGACUGUUUUUCAUAUCGCUCUGAAUCGCCCCGCAUUCGGGCCCAAUGGGUUUGCUAAGGCAAAUGUAACAGAGUUUGCAUUAUCCUACUUCCCAGCCUCUCGCGUCACGCCAGAAUUUCAGACUCAAAUUCAAACCGAUUUCCUUGACUUUGAAAGGAUCUAUAGCCCAGCUGCGACUGGGAGCAGAGGCUGGGCGUCUGGCUGGCUACUGGAAGAGCAAAACCACGAAGGUCUGAAAGGGGAAAAGGCGAAGUGUUUUUGCGUGAUGAGGGGGUGGGAUAGUAUGGACCUAUUCCAGAAGUCGUUGGAGAGCGAUGCCUACAAGGAGGCUAUCCCGGUACUAUUCAACUGGCAGGUGCCGUUCAAGAUGUGGCACAUUCAACGUCUGCAUUGA